AUGGUAGAGCUAAAGAAUUAUGACAUAGAAGCAUAUCAGUGGCUCUUGAAAAUCCCUCCACAUCAUUGGGCUAGAAGUCAUUUUCAGAUAUACACUAACUGUUAUUUUCUUAAUGAACUACUAGGAAGGGCAAUUUCAGACAUGUUAUUGAAUAACCUUUGUGAAGUGUUCAAUAGCAAACUUGUUAAAGGGAGAGACAAACCCAUUAUCAGUUGUUUGGAGUUCAUCAGAGAGUACCUUAUGAAGAGAGUAUACAAUGUGAUGAAGGUGUUAAACAAGUGUCAAGGUCCAUUAACUCCAACUGGUACUAGGAUUUUGGAAGCAAAUACAACACUUGCUAGUAAGUAUCAUGCACAAUGGAAUGGGGGACAAAAGUAUCAGGUUAAAGGUCCAUGGAAUCAACAUGUGGUGGACAUGGAGAAAAGGGAGUGUAGUUGUAGAAAGUUGGAGCUUACUGGAAUUCCUUGCAAGCAUGCAAUGGCAAGCCUAAAUGAAAUGGCAGACAAUAAUGAAAAGGUGGGAGAACCAUACACCUAUGUACAUAAGGUGUAUUGGAUUGAUACAUGGAAAGAGAUGUACUCCUUCAAGGUGGAGCCUAUCAAAGGUAGAGCAAUGUGGCCUAAGAGUGACUGCCCAACAACUCUUGUGCCUCCACCACACAACAAAGCUAUAGGCAGGCCAAAAAAGAAAAGGAGGAUUACAGUAGAGGAAACGAUUGAAAUCCAGCAACGUAAGAGGCAAUCAAACAAUCAAAUUCAAAUUGAUAAUGAAACUUAA